AUGCCUCCAAUUUUGUAUCAGCCGUUGGAUGACGAAGAGAUUCGUCUACUCACCAUUCAUUCUCAGAACAACUUCAGUCUCCAGACCGCAUGCUUGAAGCAGAACCUAAGAUACGACGCAGUCUCCUAUUGCUGGGGAAAGGCCCACGAUCUCUGCAACGUCCGGGUCAAUGGCUAUGAGAUCCCACUUCGAAGGCAUGUGGCGACAAUGCUGGACAGCCUCUAUCGUCACCGUCGAAUUACUCAUGUCUGGUUGGAUAUGCUAUGUAUCAACCAAAGUGAUGAGGAUGACAAGUCAAAGCAAGUGUUGAUGAUGGGAGAAAUCUUCAAGAGGGCUGAGAAAGUCUAUGCAUGGUUGGGAGAAGCAGAUCGCGAAAUGGAUUGCAUCUUUGAUGUUUUGUUGGAUUUUCGAGACCGCAAGGCAGACAAGGUAUUAUACACCCGUUUGGAUGCUGCUGAACGACUUUCCGAAUAUAGAGAAAUGUUCCGCGAAAUCUACCAGGAGCGAGUCGGUUCUUUACCCGAACCGAGAGAAUCGGACGAUGAAAGGUUGCACGAAGAAUUCAACUGGCUGCGUCCUCUGUAUGCCCGGCCUUUCUGGGGCCGUCUUUGGAUUGUUCAGGAGCUUAUCCUGGCGAAAGAGGUUAUUGUCUGUUAUGGAACCAAAUGCAUUGCUUUGAACGACAUUUAUGGCCUCAGUCUCGACUGGGGCUCCUUCGAACAGGGCUUCGAUGCUUGCCAACCGGACUAUACAGCGGCCAUGAAGAUCGCCGUAAAAAUGCCUCCAUUGGUGCCCGAGCAGGAGGAGACUGGUAUGGUGGAGACGGAAGAGUGGGACGAUACUACGACCACGCUCCAGCAUCCGGAGGCGCCCUCCAUGGAUGCUUCGGAGAAGUCGAAGUCGCAUUCGAGAGGAUGGAAGACCAUCCAAGCCAUUCGCGGGCACCGACGACGCAGAGAGAGCUUGAGAUAUGAGCCAGCAGCAGACCCUCCGCAUCCAAUGGUGGUUGAGAUGUCGGAGCAAGGCGAUGUUGCAGAGAUUGAUGAAGUGGUCGAGGUAUAUGCCCGACAUCAAUGCUGUGAUCCGAAGGACAAAGUCUACGGGCUGCGGGAACUGGUCAAGGAAUGGAGGGAAAAGCUUAAGCCAGAGUACAAGAAGUCUGUCUUGGAAGUCUUCCUGGACGUUGCGAGACUUGACUUGUUCAAGCAGGAAAAAAAUGGCGGACUGCACGUGGCAUUCGGUUUGUGGUCGGAAAUGGGACUGGGCGGUCGCGAGAAGUUCAACGACUGCCUAAGACAGCAUUUUCCGGAGAUAUACAGUCGACACGUGUCGCGGCUGUGA